GCGCGACCCGCUCUUUUCGGCGCGGCGCCGACGGUGGUCGGACGUGCGGGAGCUGCUGCCUCCUGACCGUGCCCAACCUCCCCUCCAUCUUCAUCGCCCCCCGCCGCCGCCGCCGCCAUGGGCUUCGGAGACCUCAAGUCCCCGUUGGGCCUGCAGCUCCUCAAUGACUUCCUGGCGGACAAGAGCUACAUCGAGGGGUACGUGCCUUCCCAGGCAGAUAUCGCAGUGUUUGAAGCCGUCUCUGGCCCGCCACCUGCGGAUUUGUACCAUGCCCUCCGUUGGUACAACCACAUCAAGUCUUUUGAGAAGCAAAAGUCAAGCCUGCCGGGAGUGAAGAAGGCUUUGGGCAAGUACGGUCCCGCCGAUGUGGAAGACAGCACAGGAAGUGGUGCCGCCGACAGCAAAGAUGACGAUGACAUUGACCUUUUUGGCUCUGAUGAUGAGGAGGAAAGCGAAGAAGCCAAGAGACUAAGGGAAGAGCGCCUUGCUCAGUAUGAAUCCAAGAAGUCUAAAAAGCCUGCACUCGUUGCCAAGUCUUCCCUAUUGUUGGAUGUGAAACCUUGGGAUGACGAGACGGAUAUGGCAAAAUUGGAGGAAUGCGUCAGGAGCAUUCAGGCAGACGGCUUGGUGUGGGGAUCGUCCAAACUCGUUCCAGUGGGUUAUGGCAUCAAGAAACUCCAAAUCCAGUGUGUGGUGGAGGAUGACAAAGUUGGAACAGACAUGUUGGAGGAGCAGAUAACGGCCUUUGAAGAUUACGUGCAGUCCAUGGAUGUUGCUGCUUUCAAUAAGAUCUAAGUCAUCCUCGAAGAUGGCACAGCAAUAAAAGAAUGUGCAAGACUGA